AUGAUAAUUAGCUCGAGAGAUUUGCACGAGUCGUUCGUCGAGCCCCUUGAACUGGUCGACGAUUCCGACAAGGACAUAAGGGUGAGGCUCGGCAGAAGUUUGAAAAGCGUGGAAAAUUCGGGGAUAGUCGCGUCUUACGUUGGAUCUAGUUCCACGGAGAGAUCGGCCAAUGGUUCCAGCGCGAGGAUCGCGGGCCCGAUCGAGGAUAAGAGCACGAGAUCAAUGGAUCAGGGAUUCGCUCUCGUCGCGUCGUCGCCCCUGGACGUGGAGAAAUUGUUCAAGGACGAAGGUAGGGUAAAGAGGCAGGUCUCCCUUCCUUACGACGCGUAUUACGACGAGGUGAAUCAACGAGUGAAUCCCGAUUCCGAGAUGAUGUAUUACAAUCGGUAUAUGAAAAACGAGGAAAACGAUCAUUUCCAACCGUUGAACCCGUACGAGAAUAUACCCGGCAACAAGCUGUCGAACAUGAAGGAUUUCGAGUUGGGCAAGGAUGUAGCGGACGAUUAUAACAGAAUAUCUAGGAACAAGGAUCCCGCGAAGAAGAAGAAACACGCCAAGAAGAAGCACAAUAACAACAACAAGAAUAACAACAAAUUGAAGAAGAAGAGAAAGAAAAUUCGCAAGAGCAAACCUAGCAAGAAAACUCGUAGGAAACGGAGGCAUCACAAAAAGCAGCCCAAGAUAAAAGAUCGUGAGAAAAAGCGGAAAAAGAGCAUGAAGAAUCGUCAUAACAUUAAGAAAAUAAAGAUUGAUCAGAGCGAGGACGAUAAAUAUCAUGAUCAGAGGAAAAGGCAUCAUGGUAAAGGAAGGAAGAAUACGAUGAACUCGAUCAACGAUAUCCAGAGAAGAAAAAUCAACACGUUUUUGGUAGCCGAUAAUAUGGAAGAUGAAUCGCAGAUGGAUUUGGCUGUUCAUGGUGAACUCGCAGGAAAGAUCGUGGAACAAAUUUUCGAUCAGGUGCAGAAAAAUAAAGAUCUGAAGGUAUCGUUGGGCCCAGGUCUUUACUACAAGCACAAGGUUAGAGAUACCGUGACAGCUGAGAAAUGUCAUCAAACUUUUAGCAACGAUAAAGUGCGUUUUUUCAAUUUAUAUAAUAAUCUAACAUCUAGCAUCUAG